GUCUAGCGUGACACAGAGAGAGGUGCAAGGACAUGCACAGGACUAAGAUAAAUUCAGGAACUAACAUGGGUCUGUUGCCGGUGGAGUUGGCUUUUCUGGUACUGUUGACGGGAUCACAGGAGAUGUCUGCAACGUGCAUGGAACGAGAAGAGCAUAUACAACGCUAUUUAAUUUCAUCGCAGCCGCCAUAUGAUAACUACUAUAAUAUUUCUAAGGCUGUUUAUCCGUCUGUGGAUUUGCCGUCUUUGCUGAUCAAGAUCACCGUUACCUUCCUACGUGGUAGAGACAAUCUCACUCAUUUAGCCGGAUCGUCGGAAUCUCCGAUCAAUGGUAGUACUUCCAAUAUCUCACAGACAGGGGAAAAUGUCCUCGAAACUAUAGAAACGAAGAUCACGACAUACAAGUUCACGUGGAGUGCAUCCUGUUUGUAUGUUAGUGGAGGAAACAUAAGCUUGGCUUCCAUGAAUGCGUUUUCUUUGUGGGCUAUUUAUCCAAACAGACGAGAAAGACAGCUGCACUUAACAUUGCCACCGUUCUGCAGGGGAUUUUCUGCUGACACCAUGAUCUACUUCCUAUCUACG